AUGUCUUCACGUAGAGACUGGGCAAUUCAACGUCUUUUUAAUUAUUAUCAAAAUAUUGGAAUUGAGGAACCAGAAGUUCGUUUGGGUGAAAUAUUAUUGUUAUUACCUGAAUUGGAGGUAAUUUGUGACAAACAUUGCAAAGAUUUUCAAGUUGCACAAUUUUUUGAAUUUUGCAAUAUGUCUGAAUAUUGGUAUGAGAAUUAUUGUUAUACAACUUUAAAUAUUGCUGCAGCAAUUUAGAGUGGGAAAGAGGGGGAAAAUGUUUUUUUAGAAAUUAAAUAACCUCUUUUUUGAAAUUGAAAAAUGCUGGAUUUUUUGAAAAAUUUAAAAAAAAUUUUUUUCAAAAUUUAUUUACUAAAAUAAUUUGAUAGAAGUAUUACCCCCUAUUAAGAAAUAAUUUUAAAAUUUUCCAAAAAAAUCCAACAUUUAUUUUUUUUAAAUUAACAACGCAAAUCCUCAUUCAUUUAUUUUUUUAAUUAUUUUCAUUCUCUUCUAUAACCAUAAAAACACUUUAUAUAUCCUCAUUAUUUAUCCUCAAUUUUUCUUUACCCUGCCGCGUGUUGAUUCUUUUUUUGAAUUAUUUUUUAAAAAAAUAUAUUUA